AUGGGAAACAAAGCAUCGAGACCCGCCAGAAAACUCGCAAAUACAGUUGUCAACACGGGUUCGGUGGCCAGAUCCUCAAAACCUCAGCUUCCCUCGGCGGAGUUGAAGCAGCAAUAUGAGAAUCAGGCAAGUGGUGGAGAAACAAAGAAACAAAACGCUGCUGGAAAGCAAGAAGCGCAAGAAGAAAAGAGCGAAAAGACGCAAUUGUCAGUUUCAGAUGAUGGUGCUCAUCGACAGUUUGGCGGAAAGUCCGGGCCCGAAGGCAAGGAUGGAAUGGAUCCCACCGCUGACAAAGCCUUCAUUGAUUCUAUCAACAGACUAGGAAGACAGAUCCAGUCACAUUCAGCCAGAGACCCAAAGGAUCAACUCAAUGUGACAGCACUUAAACAACUCUUGAACAGAAAGACUCUUUACGAGAAGGGUCAAAGUGAGGUCAAGGCUCAACUUCUGUCGCUGCACGAUUCAAGGUCGAUGAUCCAUCCACGUACGUUGACGGCCAUUUUGAACGCAAUAAACGAGCACAAGACUUCAUCAGAGGACGUGAUGAAAGACUACCAGGUGGAGAAAGCGUUUCUUGAUAACUUGAAUCGGUUCAAGGUGGCAUCAAACGUGGUGAUCAUCGAAGAGGACAGAAAAGACGAUGAGAUCGGACCCAAGAUGGGCCAACCACGGGCCAGGGCAGCUGCAGAAGGCUCUAUGAUUGACUAUGAUGGUGAUAUGUCGGAAACAGUGAAUCAGGACCGUAUCAAGCAGCUCCGGAAGAGGCUAGAGUAG